AUGGCUCUCUACUGCGGCGACAACUUCGGCGUGUACUCGCAGUCCGGCCUGCCCCAGUCCGCUGCCGCGACCCCGGGCGCCCAGGCGACCGCCAGGGCGCCCUACGGGCUGGCCGACUACACCGCAACCCCCGCCGCCACCGCCAACCCUUACCUGUGGCUCAACGGGCCGAGCGUGGGCGCCCCUGCAGCCGCCGCAGCGGCAGCGGCGUACCUGGGCGCCCCGCCGCCGGCGCCGCCCCCCCGGGGCUCAGCUGGGCCCUUCCUGCAGCCGCCGACCGCUGCCGGCACCUUCGCCUGCGCUCAGCGGUCCCUGGCUCAGCCUGCGCCCACAGGUCCCGCGGCGCCUGCCGCACCUUCCGCGCCCUGCGACCUGGGCUGGUUGUCCAUGGCCAGCCGUGAGGAUCUAAUGAAGAUGGUGCGGCCGCCCUACUCCUACUCGGCACUCAUCGCCAUGGCCAUUCAGAGCGCGCCCGAGCGCAAGCUCACACUCAGCCACAUCUACCAGUUCGUGGCCGACAGCUUCCCUUUCUACCAGCGCAGCAAGGCGGGCUGGCAGAACUCCAUUCGCCACAACCUGUCGCUCAACGACUGCUUCAAGAAGGUGCCCCGCGACGAGGACGACCCAGGAAAAGGUAAUUACUGGACCCUGGAUCCAAACUGUGAGAAAAUGUUUGACAAUGGGAACUUCCGCCGGAAGCGAAAGCGCCGCUCUGAGGCCAGCGGCAGCUCCACGGUGGCUGCGGGGACAUCAAAAUCAGAAGAGGGUCUCUCCUCAGGAUUGGGGUCUGGAGUGGGUGGGAAGCCAGAAGGAGACAGCUCCUCAGCUUUGCUGAGGUCUUCCCAGUCCCCAGAGCCUCCUGAGAGCACAAAGAGUACUGUCUCCUCUCCGGGAGGGCCCAUGCUCACCUCUACCCCUUGCCUCAACACCUUCUUCAGCAGCCUCAGCACCUUAAGUGUGAGCAGCAAUGGGAGCACCCAGCGAGCUGUCCCUGGCAGUCACCACCUAGGGAUCCAGGGCGCCCACCUGCCCUCCAGCAGCACAUACCCUACCAGCACCAUCCCAGAAGCCUCAUCAGACACCUUGCAGCUAAAUAACAGUACCAGCACCAGCAGCAGCCAAAGAUCUUCUUAUUAUAGCCCUUUCCCUGCCAGCACUGGUGGGGGGCAGAGCAGUCCCUUCAGCCCCCCUUUCUACAACUUCAGCAUGGUCAACAGCCUCAUCUAUCCCCGGGAGGGCUCUGAGGUAUAGAACACAACUUCUUAGAGUUGAGCAUGCACACCUGAGAUAUUAUUUAAAAUAUAGAUUCCAAAGCAGUAGGUUUGGGUAGGUUCUACAUUUCUCUGGACCUCCCAGGUGAUCUUCUGGCCCAUUGACCACACUUGGGAGUAGUUUGGGUAUAGUAGAUAAUUCUUUCUACAACCCAGAAAGAUUUUACAGGUUUCUCUGGAUAAGGGCCUCUCCGGAGAGAAAUAUACCCCACUCUGUUCUAGGAUAGUACCUAGAGCUCUAAGAGGACAGGGACCUUAUCUGUUUUGUCUAUCACUGUGUAUGAGGGUUACAAGCUAAAAUGUGUACAUGGGCUGGCUAAAACAAGUGAAUGAAGUUACUGAGUAGGAAAAAGGUAGUAACUGGCGAUUAAAGCAGUAAGGAGUGGUUGGGGGCAGCUAGUUUUCUUCCUGCCUGGCAGCAUUUUGAUUUUCCUAGAAAAGUCACAUCAGUAUUUUUGUAGCAAACCUCCAUUUGAAUUCUUGGCCACUAGUUAAAGUUUUAAAAAUACUAUAGUAGGGAAUUCCACAGAUCCUUAAGCUAUAUACAGCUCAUGAAUCACUUCUGCUUAUGGUCAGUGUCUGAAAUAUGGUAGGUAAUAACACCAAUAAAACUACCCAAGCAAGCCCUAUGUGCCAGGUGCUGUUCUAGAUACUUGGCUCAUUUAGUCCUCAAAAUAACUUUGGGAGAUAGGUAUUAUUACAAGCCCUCAUUUUCAUAUGAGGCUGUGAAACUCUGAGAUGUCAAGUAACUCAAGGCCACACAAAUAGGAAGUCGUGAUCUAGUAUCAGGUCUAGGCAGUCUGGCAUCAGAGCUGGAGCUUGUAACUUGGUGUUCUAGUUCCUGAAAAACAAGGGCAGACACAGUAUAGAGA